AUGUCUAGCCGAAAAACAGUGCUGGAACUUUAUAAAAGAUUAAAUAAAAUAGCAAAGGAAGUGUUUGAUCAAGAUGUGAGGGCAUUAAAUCAAGCACAGGAGAAAAUCCGAAUAGAAUUUCGUAAGAAUAAGGAUCUUGAAAAGCAAGACGAAAUAGAUCAAAAAAUUAAGAUCGGCAUAGAUGUUGGAGAAAUUCUAAAAAAGCAAGUCGUUCAAAUUGUUAAGAAACCCGAGGUUAAUGUUUACGAAUUGAAGCUAAGGAACUCUACAGAGAAAUUACAGAAUACUAUAUUUAAACCUAAUGUUGAACUUCCACCACCAAGAAGUAAGAAGUGUAAAGAUCCAAGCUGA